CAGAACCAGGCUGGGUCCACCCCUCUCCCCACCACAUUCUUCACCCCAGUAUUUUCCCUCUCCACCCAGAGUCCCUCGCCCGACUGCUCCAACUCAGCCAUCGCUCCGGCUUCAUUCAGCGUCUAUCUGGUCACAGCCACGACAGCCGCGACAACCUACAUACUGAACCAGGGUAUUGUUAUCUGCCUCCUUGUGUUUCAUCACGUGACGCGGCGACAGUCAUGCAGUGCGCUGAGCCAGGUCAGCAGUCAUGGGCUUGUUGGAAUACCUCGACCUGCCGACUGUGCUGGUGUUUCUUGUGGCCUUUGUAAUAAUCUACAAUGUCCUGACUCGUGCCGAGAACCCACCCCCGUCACCACGUGGGCUGCCGGUGGUGGGGAACAUGUUGCAGCUGAGUGCCAACAGAGGCAGGCUUCCAGAGGCCUUCAUGAAGCAGGCGGUGGAGUUGGGCGACGUCUUCAGUCUGACGUUCGGCAGGCUCCACAUCGUGGUGGUGAGCGGCUAUGCCCGGAUACAGGAGGUGCUCAUGAAGCGAGCGGAUGUGUUCAGCGACCGACCCGACUUCCUGCUUCUCACCCAGAAAAUAGGAACGGGGGUCAUCUUAAGCAACGGACAGCAAUGGAAAGAUCUCCGGCGAAUGAGCCUCCACGCGAUGAGAGACUUCGGUAUGGGGAAAUCGACUACAGAAGAGAAGGUGCAAGAUGAGGUGAAGGUCAUCAUGGGGAUCCUGUCUGACAAUGAGAACAAACCGAUACAGGUGCACAAAUACCUGGCCCUGGCCACGUCUAACAUCAUCUGCAACAUCAUCUUUGGAUCAAGGUUUGAGUACGAGGACGAGCAGUUCCAGAAGAUGGUGCGGCUGUUGAACGACGUCUUUCAGAGGCCCGGCUUGUUCCAAAUAUGCAAUGCAUUUCCCAUCUUAAGAUUUGUUCCUCAUUUCAAAAAGGGAUUAGUUGACAACAUUGAAGCAUUCGACCGCCUGGCGCAGUUUGUCAGCGACAUCGUCACGGAUCAUGAAUCGACAUACGACCCAGACAACAUUCGAGACUUCAUCGACAUGUUCAUCAAGUUCCGUGAUGAGGACAAGGACGCGUCCUACACACUCCGAAACUUCCUACGGGUGAUUGUCGACCUGUUCAUGGCGGGCACGGAGACGUCCUCGACAACGUUGAACUGGGCCCUGCUGUACAUGAUCGCCUACCCCGACAUCCAGGCGCGCUGCCAGGUCGAGAUGGAGGAGGUCAUUGGUCCCGGCAGAAUGGUGCAGUUCUCGGACAGACUCAAGUUGCCCUAUGUUGAAUCUACACUGUGUGAGAUACAGAGAAUAUCCACCAUAGCCCCCCUGUCCGUGCCCCACGCCACGCUCCAGGCAACCACCCUGGGGGGCUUCGCCAUCCCCCGGGAGUCCAUCGUCCUCGUCAACCUCCUGUCGGUGCACAUGGACCCCGCCCUCUGGCCGGACCCCGGGACCUUCAACCCGGACAGAUUCCUCAAGGACGGGAAGGUCCACAGAGGAGAAUAUUUCAUGCCCUUCUCUGCUGGUCCCCGGGUGUGUGCUGGCGAGACUCUGGCCAAGAUGGAACUGUUCCUCUACUUCGCCAACCUCCUACAAUGGUUCACAUUUAAGAAAGUAGAUGGGGCGACUUUGAACCUGGAAGGGGUCACUGGAUUAACUCGAUCUCCCAGGCCGUUUGAAGUAGUGGUGACCAAACGCUAGUGUUCCCCAGCAGACUGGUGGUCAAUACGCCGACAGAUUCCCCGGGACUGACAUUCUACAAUCCAGACCACAUGAAACAGUCUUAACGCAUACGUAUUACAACAUAGUUACUCAUUCCUUCUCAUGUCGCGGACGGAGUUCUUCUAAUGCACUAAACAGUCGGCAUAUAUAGAAAUAUUUGGAUGGCAAAUGUUAUUUGUCGAUAAUUCAAUUUGGUGAAGAAUGUGUUCAGCUUGUAUACGUGCUCUCUGUAAGUUAGACCGCCUCCGUGGUCUAGUUGUAGAGCGGCAGGUUUGGGGUUCUAUCCCCGGACGCGUCAUACCAAAACGUUAAAAUAUGUUAUUUGUGUCGCCCUGUCUGGCGCUCGGCAUUAUCGGGCUAAAACAAGGACUGAUCGGCUCAGAGUCAGACAGACAGACAGGUUUGUUCAGUAUUAUGGCCAUAUGGCCUAAAGUACAAUUGAUACUACCUCAUAAUAUGAUGUCACGUGCAUAUACAGAAAUUACAUCUUCUUGAAUCUGAUAGAAAAAAACAUGCUUUAUAUAACUAGCCACUCAAAAGAUAACAUUUUUAUUUUGUGAGUUGAUGAUAAGUAUCAUUAACAUUUCAGAUGUAUAGUCAUUACUCAAGAAGGGGAGAUAUGUAGAUCUUAACUUGGAAUACUUGUUCCACUUAAAUAAGACAUGGAAUUCAUCUUCAAUUUCACUUCUGUCACAAUUGGUACAAACACUGUUAACAGCAUCAAUAUCUUUCGAUUUACGACACAUAAUUACAUUAAAAUUAUGUAAUGAGAAUUUAAAUUUACAACACGAUCUUAUUAAUGACUUAAUAGAUAAAUACAUUCCCUGAUGAAGAUGUGUCUUUAGUCUACUAUUAUUGCUAAGAUAAUGCGAAGAUGAAACAGUAUCGUUCCAGUUUGCGCAAAUAUAUCUUUCACUCCCUGCUUAAAUAUUCCCAUUAACACUUGAAUGUUUCCAACAUCUGUGCAAACCACACAAAAGAAAAACCACAUGUAAAUAAUAGAUUGUUUACUUCAUAUACUCAGUUUUGUUUACCUUUAUCAUCCAACUGCUUUAACAAUUUAUAACAUUGAAGAGGAUAUCUACAUUCUUCCAUUCUUAGUAACUUUAUCCAGUAUUUAACUACUCUUACUUGGCUAUGCGCAAACAUAUUGCAGCGUUCAGUUUCACCAAGAAUUACUUUAUUUGAGGAAUAUUUACAAAUACCCAAAAACGUUUGAAGUGUGAGGUAUGUACUUUUUCGAUUGCAGCAUAAUAUUUUGUUCCCCAUAUUUCCGAACCAUAUAGUAAUAUUGGUGCAAUUUGACAAUAAAACAUAUUGCAUGCUGUUGAAAA